UCUCUCUCAUAAGAGCAACGCAUGCACAAACACUCGCGCACACACCCACCUACCACGCAGAGACACAACCUCAGGCGCGCUCACACACACGCAGACACACACGCAGGCACAGAAGGGCACACUGAGCAACCUCAUCUACCAGCUCCAAGACACAGCCAGAGCCAGCUAAAAGACACAGCCCUGUAACAGCAGACCAGCAUGGAUUAUCUGAAGAAGGGAUUCUCCAUGGCCAAGGAAGGCGCGGUGGCUGCAGCGGAGAAGACCAAGGCAGGGGUGGAGGGGGCAGCUGCCAAAACCAAGGAGGGGGUAAUGUAUGUGGGCAACAAGACAAAGGACGGAAUGGUAGCAGGUGUGAACACAGUGGCCCAGAGAACAACUGACCAAGCCAAUAUUGUCGGGGACGCAACGGUCGCCGGAGCCAAUGAGCUGUCUCAGCAAACAGUGGAAGGGAUGGAGAACGCAGCGGUGAACUCCGGAUUGGUGAACCAGAGUGACUUCUCUCAGGGAGCUGAGCAGGCAGGACAGUAGGAGUGUUGGUUCUGACAUCAGUGAUCUGCAGCAGCCUCCCUCGUCCUCUCUUCCGGAAGAAAUACCGUGUUAGAUGCUGCUCGACCUGCGUUUCCCAUUGCCAACUCUUGUUUCUGGGGAGGACUACCAACCCCGGUGUGCCCCCCUCCCUCUGAUGCUUUCUUUGUGUGACUCGAUGGAAACUAAACAUUCUGAAAGAUCCUCCCCAUCCACAACAUCCCUCACCAUACAAGCUACACAUUCCUGCCCCGUAUACCUUUACCGUCCAUGUCCCUCACCCCUGACUAUUACCCACCUUACCACUGUGACCCCCACCCCCCCAUUCCCUUUGCCCACCACUCCAGGUCAUCCUACACGAUACCACACAUACACAUACACAAACAUACAGUUCACACAUGCAUACACACCAGGACAUUGAGAAAGACUUGGCAGAACAAUACUUUUAGUAAUACUUUUCUCCGAGAGGGUUGGCAAUGUGAGACUUCCUGGUAGUGUGCACUCUGUCAGAUAAUGUAACACCGGUACUUAUACAGUAGAUGUACUUAUGUCAGUGUAUGCGUUGGUCAGGUUUGUUGAUGAAGAUGUGUGUUGAAGUGAGUUCAUUUAACCCCUUGUGUCUUAAUGCCUGACGCCCCCUCAUCCUUAUUGUGACAGAACAGAGGGUGACACUUUAUUUAGAUAGCCCGGAUUUUCCAUCUGUAGGCGCUCUACAGAUGGCCAUGCGAUCAGCAAACUAUCUUGCUAAGGUUACUGCUAGGGUUAGGUUUAGAAUACGGGUUAGGGUUUAGUAGAUAGUUAGUUGAAAUGUUACUGAUAGUCUAUAGAUUGUCCAUCUGUCGAUACUCUACAGACUAUCCAAAUAAAGUGUUGCGAAACAGGGUUCAGGGUCAGAGUGAAGGUGAAGUUAUGGAUUAACAGCUCCCCCAUCACAUGACCCAGGCCGUCUCGCACAUGCCUACCUCAAGACGUGAAUACGAGUAGUCGACAGGUCAAAUACCUUGACAUCCCGUACAUCUGGUCUUCGAGGAAUACAAUUUCUCCGCCCCCUCAUCAUGCUUUCACUCUGAUCCUUCAUUCAAGCGACGGCUACAGGUCACUCAACAGUGUACCCUCUGCCCCCCUCCCCCCUGUCUGUCUGCUUUCGGUGACUUGAACAGGUCUUUUAAACCAUCGCGGUGUUUGUCCUUUUGAAGCCGUCUCAAACGAGACUGCGUGUUGCCUUACUAACAUCCAGACACAUAGACUCAGACACACAUUCAUUGGGACUAAAAACACAACCUCAGACACAUUCAAAUUCACCUAUUGCACACACGUAUCCAAGAAUUAGAGGUUACAUACACACUGACACACACGUUCAUCCAAAAAUGCAAAAUAUAUAUGUUGGCAUCAAAGCAGACUGCUUCUUUUAUAAACAGUACAACUGAACUGAAAUAAAUACAAUUUUAUUUAAAUCCAAAAUGAU